UAAUUAUUUAAAUCCUUCCAACUUUCAACAUUCACAGUCUCCAAAUUCUUUCCAAUUGCGAUAAAGAAUUUUUUUUUAUUUGGUAGACUAUUUACAAUCAAUCCUCGUUGAGAAUUUUAAGUAAUUCCAUUUGACGUGGUACUUAAAUUUGUUAAGUUUAGCCCUGAGUUGCUUCGAUUUAUCUAUGAUGUGUGAUAAAGAAUGACUAAGAAGUUCGAAAAAAAUUAGUAAGAUCGUUGCUAUUGGUUACUAUUGAUUGCUGCUAACUGCUCAUGGUAUCUCGAUCAUCGUUUCUGUAAUCGAUACAAAGAAAGAACAAUUUAUUUGCAAUAUGUAAUUCACCUUUCAAACAAUUUUUAUGUCCUUCGAUCUUUACUCUUCACUAAUCGCCGCGCCGUUACAAAUUUUGUUUCUCGUGUAUAGUUCGGCCAUUGUCCGCUAGAGGCUGAUUUGUCGAGAUGCAUUUUUUGGUUAACUUUUUUAACAUUGUAAAAUGAUCUAGCUAUCUAUUUGAACUGAUCUCUGUUGACAGUUUCCAAGCAACAUUUAUUAUUUCUUAUACUUUCUUAAAUUGAAACAACCGUUUUUUUUAUAUAUAAUUACGUAAAUGGUAAAAUGUAAUUAAAAGCAAAAUAGGUUUAUAUUUAUAUAGUUAGACAACCAAGGCACUUCUAUCAGUUUAUAUGAGAUGGCAUCAACACGAGUAAUCAAUUGCAUUUCGUACAAAAGACUUGUAGCAGUUUCUAGUCUAAAAAAUGUAUACAUUCUUUCUAAUUUUAGUAUUAAUUCUAAUUUUCGACAAAAUGCAUUAUAUUGUACGAAAAAAUCAAUUGCUAAAACAGAUUAUAUUGAACAUGAAAAUAAAAUACAAGUUGGAUUUGCGGAUGUAGUUAAAGAAAAUACAAAAUCUAUUGGAUACCUAGGUGUAAUAAUUGGUGGUAUAGGAAUUACUGCCUUCAUGUUUUAUAUGAUUUUUGACGAAUUAUUUUCCAAUAAAAGUCCAAACAGCGUAUAUAGUAAAGCAUUAGAUCGCUGCAUCAAACAUCCUAAAGUAACAGAUGCCCUAGGAGAACCAAUAAAAGCAUAUGGAGAAGAGAGCAGACGUGGACGUAGAAGUCACAUAAGUCAUAUUAUCUUUGAAAAGGAUGGAGUACGUCAUAUGAGAAUGAAAUUUUAUAUUCAAGGUAUAAGGAGACGCGCGACUGUGAAUUUAGAAGUGCAAGAAGAUGAAUCUGGCAAUUAUAUGUACAGAUAUUUAUAUGUACUUGUGGAUGAUAUUUUGCAAACUAUUAUUAAAAUAGAAGACAAUAGAGAACAAAAGAGGAGCUCCAGUACCGAAGCGGAACUUGAAUGGAAUUAAUAUGUUAGAUCUUUCUAAUUAAUAUUUAGUAUAUUAUGUACAGAAACGAUUACAAUCGAUUAUUUUAAAUACACUUCUGUAAAAUUUGUGUCAAAUAAAUAUGGUGAUACUUGAAAGAAAA